UAAAUCAAGUCCAACUAGAGACUUCGCAAGGCCCCGAGGCUUCGUCUCGCGUUCGGACAUGGCGACCUGGCUCGCGAGAAUAAUCGUGACAUCUCCGAAAUCAUGCUCUCUCAUUCAGAGAUCAUCGGCGGUCGUGGGCCUCGGUGGGUCCAUGCCUAGGUGGGCCUCUUCCUCCUCCUCGUCUUCGUCUUCGUCUUCGUCAUCGUCAUCGUCACCGUCUUCUUCUUCGUCAAGUAACUCUCCCAAGGCAGAGAAGAAGCUCGUCGACCGUCUAUCGGCCGUUAUAGACGCCGUCAAUGACCGCAAACUCCCUCCAGAACUUAGAGGCCAGCGCAACUCCGUCAGAUCAGAGAUUGAUAUAAUAAAUGUUGUGGAGCAAAGAAUAUGGCACUCCAUGGAAGAAGGCCAGUUCGAGAACUUACCAGGGAAAGGAAAACCCCUUAACCUUAGUACGAAUCCUCAUGCCGACCCAGCUGAAGACACCUUGUAUAGAAUCCUCUCAAAGAAUGGCUGUGCACCGGAGUGGGUUGAACUUAACAAAGAGAUAAGGAGUCAAAUAUCUGAAUGGAGAUCGAAAUUGAAAAAAGCUUGGGCAAAUAGAUGCAAUGGAGAUCACUCUACUUGGAUUGAGAGUUCAGAGGCUUUAAAAGCGCAAUUGCGAGAUAUCAAUAAUAAGGUUUUCCGGUAUAAUCUUAUUGUUCCUUUUGGCCGCCAAAUGUUUGGACUAAAGUGGGAGAAAGAGAUGGAUCGCGUCAAAGAAUGAUAUCUCUUCAGUCUUCACUGCCACUUUGGAUGAAGUGGGAGGACAGGAUUCACUUGGAGGAAUGCUAGAUAUCGCUCUACUUUAAGCUUGAAAUAUACACGCAGCUACUUGUAAAAGAAAAUUUAUUAUUUUGUUACCAAUUUUAUGCCUUUCCUUGUUUCUAGAGUAGCUGUAUGUUUGUUAACGACUGUUGCCCUUAUGCUCAUUUAGGUCCUGCCCAAUACAGUUCACGUAAUAUACAUAGACGUGUGUGUAAUUUCACUA